AUGCCUCUCGUGUUAUCCCGAAUGGCUUCACUUAACGCUACUGUGAGCCUUCCACUUUGGGACCACCGCAAAAGGCUAACGUGUGCAUCUUCGUCACCUCCGGUAUGGAAGCAGAGCCGACGAGUAAUCUCCGUCUCUUUCCUCCUGUCCCGCCUCCUUCUCCUCCCUAAAGAUGCCAUGGCGGGUAGCUUGAUUGAUAAGUACGUCAAGAGGAAAAGACUUGAUCCACUUGAAGCAUAUGUACCACCAGUUAUUCUAGCUCAGCUUCAAUUCCAAGAUCUUGAGAAAAUUUUGAGUGUGGACAAGCCUGAAUUCGAGGCAUGUAGAUCGGUACUCAGGUCUGGUCCUGCUAGCUCUUUGCGUGUAAACAUUCGAGCCGUUGCUCAGUACGCUUCAGAUGCUGGUUAUUCCCAAACCGCGUCUAAUGAUGUUGAUCGCUGUCUAAGAGCACUGGAAGAAAUGGAUUCGCUUUUUCUACGUGCUUCAAGGAAGGAUCCAAAUGCAACUGUUCAGUUGAUGAAGUCACAGCUUGGAACAGCGUUGACAGCACUAGACAGCCUUUUACAAACAGUUCCUUCUGAAGUUCUUGAUAAAGGGAAAGCUAUGGUUGAAAUCUACAGAUCACCAUCCGAAGAAGAUGACAAUGUUUCAGACUCCUCUGAGAUACAGCAGCUCCAGUCAAUACUGUGA